AGAAGAAGAAUGUAAACAGGAAGUAUUUUACGUGAUAAUACACACUGAUGGCGCCAAACACGCCGAGCAGCGACAGCAGCAGACAGGCGAUCUCCAGGACGUACAAAAUCACCACCGACACGUUGGACACCAGCUGAAGAGACAGAGCAUGAGACGAGGAUGGCCGCAAGAGCACGGCCGUAAAGGCGGUCAAAGGAGGUCCCGAUGGCCGGCCGCUGUCAUGGUUAACAUGAAGAAGCACAAAGCCUUGAAGGAGGAAAUUGACACAAAAAAACACAGCUUUAAAACUAGCACUUUUACAAGUCUAUGCAUUGUGUAUGUUAAACACACACACACAGCAACCACUCUGUGAUAUCCAGUAUAUGAUGCUGCUGGUUAACCACAUCACUAUCAUAGACAGCAUCCAUGUGACGUCACAUGUGAUUCCAUUUAGCUAGCGCUAAAAAAAAAGCAUCCCAAUGCACUGGACAGAGACGCCUACAGGCCUCUUUGCACAACUUGCACCAUCAAUGCACCUACCACAUUAACAGCACAGGCGAAUAUAAACGGCCUCUUUAGGCUCGUUUUGUCCGCCACCACGACCACGGCGUUCCGCUGCAUGUUCCCGCCGCAGACCCCCAGCUUUCACUACAAAAAAAACCAACACACACGAGAGAAUGACAGAGGCGGAAAAAAAGAUUGUGUGGUGUGAUGAUAUUUGGGGAUGUAACGGCAUCCGAGUGAGACGUCACUGCGACGCGCUGGAUGGCGAGAGCACCGCGCUGCAUUCAGGGACACUCGGAAUUCUCGGCUAUCUGUCGAUAAAUAUUAACGAAGACGAGGAAAGACGCGAUAGAUAUGUUGGUGCGUUUGUGUUUCACUUUUAGAAUGUCAAACUGGAUAGUUUUACAAACUACAGGAGAAAUAUCAGCAUACAUUACGGUAUUUUUUACCGACUUUCAUAUUGUUCUUCUUGUAAAGUGUCACUUUACUAUUUAACUCAACUAUUAAUUGUAGGUUGUAGUAGUGUACGAGUACACAUACUGACGCUGUGUCUAAAGUUUCGCAUACCUUUUUUUAGCGCCAUGAAAGCACUCCUACAUCGUUACAAACUGCUUUCACAGUCACAUUAUUGUAAUAAUGGCUGUAAAGUCAGUCAGACAUGUAUAAAACAACACUAAUAUUGACAGGUUGUCAACACCUCCUAUUUGUUUCCGCCUUCUACCGCCUUGCUCUAUAACCUAGCAUAGAACGCUACUGCCCUCUACAGUCCAGGCUCUGAACAGCAGCCCAAAACUGCACAAUACUGUACAACCGUGGCUCCAUUACUGUAUAUUUAUUCUAAAAUACUGAAUUAAUAUUUUAAUUACUUUGUACAUCUAAAGAUUUUAAACUGCUUUUGUUUAAAAAUAAUGAUUUAUUUAAAAGUUUAUUAUUUUAAAUAAUUAAAAUACUGAUUUAAUAUUUUCAUUACUUUGUACAUCUAAAGAUUUUAAACUGCUUUUGUUUAAAAUAAUGAUUUAUUUAAAAUAUUGUUAUUUUAAAUAAUUAAAAUAAUAAACUAAUGAUGUUUAUUGCGGAUGGACUGCGUUUCCCAUAAUCCUGUAGCUGUAAAUAGGGUGGGGUUACUUAUGUUUCCGGAACAGGUAGGGCGGGAUUCUAUUGUUUCCACAGGUGCUAUGGAGAGAGCGAGAUGGGGGAGUGACGUUAUAAGAGGAUGUGAAGGAGAAGCAGGUGGAUUAGACCAAAAAAAAAAUGGAUUACUGACAAAAAAGUCAGUUUUUUGGCUAUUUUUUUAGUACAUUUGAAUGAACGCAAGGGACUUCCUGGUACUACAACAACGCAGGAAUACAAAAGGAUGUUGUCCUUGUAGACGGUCACAACCUGAGGGCGGGAAAGGUAAACGAUAAGUAAGAAAAAGAAAGAAAAUGUGAAGAAGCUUUGAACAGCACAAUUUGACACCUUCAAGAGUCUUCCAUGCAGGAACUGGUUUGACGGGAACGCAUUCCUCCCAAUACCCCCUGCGGUCAGGUGUAUUUGCUUGUGCAUAUUGACUUACAUUUUUUUAACUAAAAAAAAAAUUAAAAAAAAAAAAAAAAAAAAAGACCCGACACAGAGCAUCAGCAUCCGGGCCAGAAUGCAGAGUCCCGGACCCGAGCAUGAUGACUCCUUCGACUACCUGUUCAAGAUCAUUCUAAUCGGGGACUCGAACGUGGGGAAGACCUGCGUGGUGCAGAACUUCAGGUCGGGGGUUUUCUCUGAGAAGCAACAGAACACCAUUGGAGUGGAUUUCACCGUUCGCACUUUGGAUAUAGAGGGGAAGAAAGUGAAGAUGCAAGUAUGGGACACAGCAGGACAGGAAAGGUUCCGAACAAUCACCCAAAGCUACUACCGUAGCGCUCACGGCGCCAUGAUCACCUACGACAUCACGAAGCGCUCCACUUUUGAGUCAGUGGCGGGCUGGAUACAGGAAGUGGAGCUCUACGGGGCGGCCAAUGUGGUCCUGGUUCUUAUUGGUAACAAAUGUGACUUGGAGGAUGAGAGGGAGGUUCUGUUUGAGGAGGCCUGCAGUCGGGCAAAAGAACGAGGCAUACUGGCUGCCUUGGAAACAUCAGCGAAGGACGGUCAGAACGUGGAGGAGGCCUUCAUGAUGAUGGCCAGGGAGCUUCUGUCUCGUAACGGUCUUCAAGUCCAGCAGGGAGAGCUGGAGAGCUGCAACAGGCCCAGACUCCUCCUCAGGACUAACUCCCGUCCGGUUAAUGGCACAGUGGGCGCGUUCACACCGGACAAGAAGUCAUGCUGCUGACCAUACUUUGGAGAAAAACAAAGCAUAAGGAUGCACAGAGGUGAUCAUGACUCGGAUGUUCACUGUUUUAGGUUUGCACCACAUUUUAAACUGCAUUCUCCUCUUGAAGAAGAUUGACUCUGUGACUUCUCUCUCACCGGAGAAUAAGAGGACAAGAAACUGAUCAGUGAAUGUUCUUAAAAUUGCUGUGUUAUAAAUAUCUUAUGCCCGUUUUAUUUAGAUUUCAGAUCAGCAGUGAAUAUUCUGCUUCAAUGAAUAAUAAAUAAAUCAAUUCCCAAUGAUUUGACACCGUAAAAGUAAUGGUGUGUUUCUCUUGUAGCAAUUAU